CGUUGAGAGAUCUCCCUUCUGAGAAGCUUCUAAACUCUGUGGGCUCUUUGUAGAAGUAAACACUAACACAGCAGGCUUAGUCGUUGCUUCUAUGAGUAAAGUUUCGGCCCGUUCUAAUGUUUUCAUCGUCGUCGUCGUCGUCGGGACUUUGAAGAGUAUUCUUGUGGCACUUUUUGGUCUUUUUGGCCUCAGUUCGCUCACCUUUCUUUGUGUGGAGCUUUUUUUCGGGGGGCUCUUCUUCCCUUGAGUGGUGUGCUGGUUCCGUGACUCGUCCACGAAGGACAGACGAUGAAGUGGACGCGAUAAUAACCGAUUUCGAAAGAUUUUGGAAACCUCCAGAGAGAGAGGUAGAGCAAAAAUCGAACCGCAGGAGAUGAUUAAUUCAUAGCGAUCGUCGUCGUCGUCACGGUGUGUGUCAUAAAUAACUUGGGUCAACUGCCCCCUGGCCAUCGAGACGGGAAACCGAAAGAGAACAACGCGAGAGAGAGAACCUGCCACCAGAAAGUUAGGAAAUUCCAACGCAGCUCGCGACCUGCUGCUAUUUACGUAUUUAAGUAGAAAGAGAUUAAGCCACCGCGUACACAGACUGAGUCAUUCUCCCACUGAUAGUCUACGCUAGAAAGGACAAACAAACCCACGAAAAGAUGUUGAAAACGAAAUCUCAACAGCAGAAGAACAUUCUCAACACCAUCAUUAGCGUGCUGCCGGACAAUCGACCCAUUACGUCCCUUCAGCUGGUCGAAGAUUAUGAGCGCUGUCCGGCUAACUUUGCCCCGAUCAAUAAAACCUACGACCAGGAUCAGGAUGCGGACCUGUGGCGAGAAAACAUUCUCUUCGGGAAGAAAACCUCGCGCUACCUGUGCCAAUCCAAGACGGAAGGCCUUCCCGAUUACAUCCUGGAAACGCUGCGGGUAAUCGGCGAAAAAGAAGCACUGCCGGAGGGAUUUUCACAGUUGACUCGAACGGCGGACUCGGAGCAGAAGGCUUGGCGCAAACGUCAGCUGGUGUACCGGUUGGCGAAAGGAGUCGCCAAGCAGGCCAUCACCGAUAUCAUACUGUGUUCGAGGUUGCGGCAGGCGCCGGAGGGAUUCACGCUGGCGGGUGAAAUCAACGGCAUUCUGAUCUGCUACAAAACAUCACUAAUAGCCCACCGCGCCCCACCCGUCCCGUCCCGCCAGAGCAUCACCGAUCUCGAGCGUACCAUUGAAGAUUUGAAGAUUCAAGCCGGCCAAGAGAAUCCACUCUAUCCAGCGGUGCCAUCGGAUCCGUCCGAUCAUGACUACGAGCAGCUGCGGAUGUCGUACCAAAUUUCCCCCAAACGGCCCGCACCCAAACCGCCGGCGUACUCCACCGGAACGUUGAACGUUCACACCGAGGUGGAAGGAGUUCCGUUCGUGCUGAAUCCGGCCCUCUCCCGGCAGUCUUUCGAGGUUCCGUCGCUGUACGAGCCCAGCAGCUCGAAGCUUGAGUAUGACUUCCACCUGGAACGGCAGAUUCUCUGCACGACCAAGACAACGAAUGCUCAAAACAAGAAUCCGUUCUUCCACUAGCCGUUGGUGGUCGU